GUGGCACCGCACUUUCACCACUUGUCUUUAUCCUCUUUGUUUAUGAUUGAAAGCUCUCAUUUCCUCAAAUUCUUCCUUCUUCCUUAGGCCUCUCUUCAAUGGCGUCUCUGUCUCCACCGGAAGAAGCAACCUAUCACCACCGUCACUCAAAACGAUACUCCUCCUCCUCCUCUUCCUCCUCCGUCACCGCUUCUAACGGAAUCGAAUCGGUCUCCGAUUUCGUCAAACGCCCCAAAAUCUCUCCACCGAGUUACAUAUCUUACUCUGAAAUCGAAUCAGAGUUCUCGCAUCACGACCCAGACUUCGCUCGUAUCAACAACGGAAGCUUCGGGUGUUGUCCUUCGUCAAUCCUCGCUCGACAACGAGAUUGGCAGCUACAGUUCCUCCGUCAACCGGAUCGAUUCUUUUUAGAAGAACUCAAACCCAAAAUCUCCGAAUCUAGAUCUGUGAUCAAACUCCUCAUCAACGCCGAGCAUGACGACGAGGUCUCGAUCGUCGACAACGCAACAACCGCAGCUGCGAUCGUUUUACAACAAACCGCUUGGGCUUUCCGUGAAGGAAGGUUCGAUAAAGGCGACGCGGUGGUUAUGCUUCAUUACGCUUUUGGUUCCGUUAAGAAAUCUGUUGAAGCGUACGUUACACGCUCCGGUGGACACGUCAUCGAGGUACAGUUGCCGUUUCCGGUUAACUCGGCGGAUGAGAUUAUUGAUAAAUUUAAGAUUGGUUUAGAGUCGGGUAAGGCGAAUGGUAGGAGAGUUAGGUUAGCUUUGAUUGAUCAUGUGACUUCUAUGCCUAGUGUUGUGAUUCCAAUUAAAGAGCUUGUUAAGAUUUGUAGAAGUGAAGGUGUUGACCAAGUUUUUGUUGAUGCUGCUCAUGGGAUUGGUUGUGUUGAUGUUGAUAUGAAAGAGAUUGGUGCUGAUUUCUAUACUAGUAAUCUUCAUAAGUGGUUUUUCGCGCCGCCUUCCGUUGCCUUCUUGUACUGUAGGAGAUCGAGUAACGGUGGUUCGAGGGAUUUGCAUCAUCCCGUUGUGUCGAAUGAGUAUGGGAACGGUUUGGCGGUUGAGAGUUCGUGGGUUGGUACUAGAGAUUAUAGUGCUCAGUUGGUGGUUCCUUCGAUUUUGGAGUUUGUGAAUCGGUUUGAAGGCGGGAUUGAUGGGAUUAAGAAGAGGAAUCAUGAGUCUGUGGUUGAGAUGGGUCAAAUGUUGGUUAAGUCUUGGGGUACUCAGCUCGGUUGUCCGCCUGAAAUGUGUGCGAGUAUGAUCAUGGUCGGGUUACCGGUUUGUUUAGGAGUGUCGAGUGAUUCGGAUAUUUUGAAGCUUAGAAAGUUUUUGAGAGAAAGGUUCAGCAUUGAAAUCCCGAUUUACUUCAGGCCACCUGCGGACGGUGAGAUUGAUCCAAUCACAGGUUAUGUGCGUAUUUCUUUUCAAGUUUACAACAAACCUGAGGAGUAUCAUAGGCUCAGGGACGCAAUUAACGGACUUGUAAGAGAUGGGUUCAGAUGCACGUCUCUAUCUAGUUGAAUAAGGGGCAUCAAGCUUUUCGGGCGAAAGAAUCAUCUUGAAAGUUAUCAUGGUUUAGGUACCAUGGAACUUCAUGAGAUUGGAAGAAGUGAAGUAACUUCGCUAUAUCCACAAUUCAUAUCUCUUCAACAUAAACUUCUUAUGUAGUGAUUAUGUAUGUUUGAGAAAACUAAGCUGUCAUCUAAUUCCUUAGCUCGAUUCGUCUGUUCAAAAUCUCCCUAAAAACAUUAGCAAGUCAGGGUAAUAAAGCAAAUUAGUAUUGGUUCGUGGAUGGACGUUUAUAAAUAAUUCGAAUGAUAUUUUAUUGGUUAGUUAGUAUAAUUAACUGAUGAGAAUAAUUAUUUU